AUGGAGUUUGAAAAGCUAGGCCUCAUAUGUGAUAUAGAGGAGAAAGAGAAGCACAAAACAGCAAGGUACAUUAAAGGGUUGAAUAGAAGCAUAGCUAAGAGAGUUGAAGUUUCUUCCUACCAAACUUUUGAAGAUGUAACUAAGCUAGCUAUGAAGUUUGAAGAGCAUGACAAGGAAGAGAAACCUAAAGGAACAUACACACUUAGGUAUGAUCCUAAUUCAAAAGGAAAAGCUACUACUUCCUAUACAAAGUGGUCCGAAAACCCUAAACCUAGUUUUACACCUAAGGAAGACACUACUAUGGAGAAAACUAAGGUGGUCGUACCUAAGGAGAAGUUUGAGGAAUUGAGAAAAUGCUUCAAGUGUCAAGGAAGAGGACACAUAGCAAGCAAUUGUCCUACCAGGAAAGCUCUUACCAUGAGGCAAUACUUAGCCUUGCAAGAAGAAGAAGAGAGGUAUGAAUUCAUCCCUGAAGAGGAGCAAAGCAUGGGGGAAGAUGAUGAAGAAGAGGAUGCUUUUGCAGAAGAUGAUUCCAGACUUCUUGGAGUGAUUAGGCGCACCUUACAUGUGGAUCACACACCUAACAUGGCACAAAGGGAGAACAUUUUCCAUACUAGAUGCAAGGUAGGUGAGUAUACUUGUAAUGUAAUAAUAGAUAGUGGUUCUUGCACUAAUGUUAUUGCAGCUGAAGUGGUGCCUAAACUCAAUCUCAUCACAAGGGAACACCCUAAACCCUACAAGUUGAGUUGGUUAAAUGAUAGCACUGGCAUGAGAGUGAAGAAACAAGCUCUUAUUUCAUUCUCUAUUGGAAGCUACAAAGAUGAGCUAUGGUGUGAUAUCUUACCUAUGAGUGCAUGCCAUCUUCUACUUGGAAGACAAUGGCAAUUUGAUAGAAAGGUUAUUCAUGAAGGGGACACCAAUGUCUAUUCUGUAUUGGUUGGUUCAAAAAGGGUUAGAUUACAUCCUCUAAACCCUACUCAAGUGGCGCCUAAACAACAACCUAAGACACCAAGUUACUUUCUAAAUGCAAAAGAGUUCGAGCAUGAAGUAGAGAAAGGAGGUUGUGCUUAUGCUUUGGUGGUAAAGCAAGUGAAUACAAGUAUCAACGUACAUAAAAAUGAUCAACUAGAAACUUUGAUGCAUGAAUUCAAAGAUGUAUUUCCAGAGGAGUUAUCACAAGGCCUUCCACCUUUAAGAGGAAUAGAACAUGCUAUUGAUCUUGUUCCUGGCGCACCAUUACCUAACAAACCUGCUUAUAGAUGUGAUCCAGUGGCUUCUAAGGAGUUGCAACGCCAAAUAGAAGAGCUAAUUGAAAGAGGUUAUGUAAGGGAAAGCAUGAGUCCAUGUGUUGUGCCAGCUUUAUUAGUUCGUUUGAAAGAUGGAACAUGGAGGAUGUGCAUAGAUAGUAGAGCAGUAAACAACAUAACAAUGAAGUAUAGGUUCCUUAUGCCUGGAUUGGAGGAUAUGUUGGAUGAAUUACAUGGUGCUUCAAUCUUUUCUAAGAUUGAUCUUUGA